GGGGAUUGUGGGUUCGAGUCCCAUCUGGGUCGCGCCGCAUUUCUUUUGUGGCGCUGCCGCGGGUGGCUCCACAGAGUGACCGUCACCCCUAUUCUUUUACCCGCAGCCGCCCCGGCCCGGCCCGGCCCCGGGCCCUUCGCUCCCCCGGCACCGCGUCCGGUCUGGGGCCGCCCCCAUCCGCGGGGUCCUGCGGGUGGGUCCAGCUCCCCUCUCGGAUCUCCGCGAGAGCAGCAGCCGGGGAACGCCCGGGUCCGGACGUGGCCAGCGCUGUCGGUCCCUGUUUUGCCCAGGCCUGCUGGGAAAGCUUUUCCAUCUCUGCUGCUCGAGCAUCCCGGGUCUGCUGGGAAUACUCCAAACACCACUACUGUGCUCUUAAUGGAGAUCCUGUGCUGGUAAAGAGUCGGGGGAACAGUGCAGACAGCUGUACGUGAAUGAGGGUUGAAUUGCACCACUAGCUAAUUCAACAGAAAAAUCCUUGGAAUACAGGAUCCCUGCCCUAUGUUCAGAAACCCGACCAUGCUCUCAGCAAAGACGUUCUUAGCGCAGCAGCUGCCGCCGAUGUCCAGGUGAAAGCGGCAGCGCGGGGCAGUGCCAGCGGCAGUCCCAGGGAAGGCCGGCUCCCGGGAAUGGCCCCGGGCAUCGCCUCCCUCCCCUCCCACAAGAAGAAACGCGCGGAGCCCUCGCUGGAGAACAGCACGGGGCUGCGGAAGCCCCGGCAGCACGGAGGGGUCCCGCCGCAGGGCGGCCCGGCCCGGGGGCCCAACAGGCCGCGCUGGGAGCGCCCGGCCCAGGCCGCCAACAGCGUGUGGGCUCUCCACAGCCCGCCCGCCCGCACAAGGGUGACAGCCCUGCUGGGAGCUCAGCCCUUUCCAGACUUCGGAACGCUGGAGGCAAACGAUCCCAACGCGCUGCACAGCUUUAACCGAGCAGGGAAGGCAAUCCCCCACAAAGAGCGCGGCCCCCUCACGGGGAUCCCCGAGCCCGCCUGGGUCACGAACCGCUGGCGGCCCAGCCCGGCGUACCUGGGUGUGCUGAGGAGAGAUGGAGACAAGGAGAAGGCGUGUCUGACCCAGUGCAGCAAGGAGAGGGACGAAGCGGAGGCUUUCUGUGCCAGCGAGUUUGCAGUGAAUGGAAUUGUUUAUAACCUGGAAAGCCUGGGGAAUGGAGUCCAGGGCAUCACUCUCUUGGUAGACAGCGAUGGAUUGUACAAGAUGAGUCGUCUGUAUGUCACUCCUGAUGCUGCCUUCUUCCGAGUUCACAUCCUGGUUGUGGAUCCUUUCAACUGCAGUAAACCGUGUCCAGACUUCAAACUUGGCAGCAGGUACAUCGUGAUGGGGCACAUCUACCACAAGCGCUGGCAGCUGCCCGCCGAGCUGCUGCCGGCCCUGCGCGGGCGCCUGCGCCCGGGGGACGGCUGGGUCGGGAGCAGCAGCAGCUACGUGAGGAGAUUCAACAGGAAAAGGGAUCUCAGGGUGAGGGCAGCACUCUCCCAGUGUCCAUAAGGCUCUGGGGGCUCUGUCCAGGAUGUGGGAGCAGCGGGAUCCACCCUCAGAGCACACCUGGCUGUGGAACCGUGACCCAGCAGCUGCCUCUGUGCUUUAGCAAACACCGGGCACCUCGAGCAGGCACCUCGGUGGGGUUCAGCACAGAAGGCAGCCUAGGGAAUGUUAACUGGCUGUGAAUUUGCUCCAGCUGCUUUCAGAGCCACAGGUUAGUGUUGCUUCGCCUUCUGCAGUGUGCCCUGAAUUCUCUGUAGUAACUGUAAUGCAAAAUAUUGGCAGCUUCAUCUUUGGUACACAACAACUGCACUUUGAACCCUUCACCUUGAACAGAUUAGAUGAUACCACAGCUUUAUCUGCACAGGAUGUUCACUGUGCUUUCACAGUUCUGCCUAAAGUGUCAUAUGCAUUUGAUGUCAGAGAAACCAACACCAUUAAUACCAUUUGUAUUGUUUUUGUCUCCUCAACCAUGCCCAUGGUAUUUCUGAAAAUUACACCAUUCUUCCAGCAGAGCUGGAUGUUGACACAAAGCAUACAGAAUAGAGUAUAAUAAUUUGAGUAUAUGAACACACUGACUGAAAGCAAGUCAAGAACUGCAAACACAAAUGCCCAGUUGCAUUUACAAGUGAUGGUGCAGGGAAUGCAGAAUGAGCAGGGCUGCACACACUAGGUGUGCCUGGGCACUCUGUCCCACAGCUGUGCUGAAUGUCAUUCCCCAGGAGAAAUAUUGCCAAGCUUGUACUUGCACAAGAGUAAAGUUACUUUUUAAAUCAAAAAGACAAUAUGUUAGUACCUUUAAUGUGGUGAAAUUGAGAUGUUUGUUGCUCCCAGUCAGUAUUCACAGAUAAUAAGUCUGUAAAAGAAAUUAAUAAAAUGCUCAUGAGGUUCUGCUUUCACUGGCUCCUGGGUUUUAGAAGCCCCAAAAAGCUUAAGUAAUGAUAUCACACAAAGGCAUCUCCUUGUGUGACAAGCUGGCUGAGGAUUUGAUACAUAUUUAUAUUAAGAAAUGUAAAAAUUGCCUUCCAGCUUAAAACUCCACAUACACAGAGAUACAUGACCUGCCACAGGAAGCAGUGGCUUCUACAGAAGCAUUUUCUGUUUUGAAACAAGGUAAUUCUGACACACUGUACUUGUCACACAUCUCUGCAGCUUCAUUUAGUGUCACUGGAAAGCCACGGAGCAGGAUGGGAUGGGCUAUGCUGCAUCAAGAAUUCCUUGACAUGGAGCCAAAUAGCAAACAUCCCGUAUCUGGGACCC